AUGUCCGAAUACUUUGAACGAAACCCUGAAACUUGGAGUAUUAUUGAUUUCUUAAGCAAAAGUGAGGUAGAACCAUGUGACGCGAAGAUAGAUAAAUACACUAAAAGCCUCAAAGCCAUCGCUAAUGACCAGCAAGGGGAAAGGGCUAAAAAAGCGCAAUCGCUUCUCGACAAUUUUAUACUGGCAAGUAACAUUUCUUUGAAAUCGUGGCGUGAACGGAGGCCUGUUAGGUUGCUGCUAGCUGAUCCAGCACUGGACCCACUGAGGCACAGUUGGCCUGAUAGGUUGGCUGAUGUUUCACAAAUUUACAUCCACCAACCGAAUCUAAAUGCGGAGACUGUAGUAAAUGGAGGAACGGUUAAAAAUAUAAACGGUGAAGUAAAACUUAUGUCAAGAAGAGAUCAGAAUGAGGCCAAAACCACAAAGGACACGCUAUCAUCACCAUCUGGGGUGCAAAACUCAUCAUCAGGCUCAGGAAAGUGCAAGACCACGUACUCCGCCUCAUCAAAUUCGCUUUACAUCCGAAAACAAGAUUUAAUUAAACGAUUAAGGCAAGAAAAGUUGCGAACGAAAUCCACUUAUGAACCGACAACAAAUAAGCUUUUAAUGGAUAGAUUAAAAAUCAAACGUGAUUAUAAAUGGGAUUCCGUCACUAAUGAGACCACAGAAUAUAUCGAUGAAUUAAUCGAUAAUUCUGAUACUCGUAAUAAAUUCCAUAGCAAACUUCAACUUCCUUUUGUUCCACUGGAUGAACCUUAUUCAUUUGAUAAGCAUUAUGAGAUGAACUGGAUGAGAUGUCGUUGGCAUCUAUUGAACGUAAGAACAGAUCAAGAGAAAAAUCGGGAAAAAAAAUCUGGACACAAGAUUGAUGUUCUUUUCUGUAUUGAUAAUAUGGAGUACUUUGGCUCAGAAACGUAUACUGACGAAGAUCUUAGUAACUCAAAACCAAUUUCCUAUAAACAAAAGCUUUUUCGUGAAAUGAAAGAUCAACUUGAUUGUCUCCUGAAGAGUUUAAAUUUUACAAAAGAGUCAUUGAAGAAGUAA